CUCCUUUGUUCUUCUCUCUUCCAGAGCCGAGCAGAGGAGCCUGUGAAAAUAUCCGCCGCUCCCUGCGCAAGUGGACGGGAAGAAGCAGACUCUUUGACCUUGGGAAAUGAAGAUGUUGUUGCCAUGGGAACUGUUAAUCCUCCUGUCACUCAAAGCGUGCCUCGCCGAGAAUACACGUCAUGGCCCUGUCUUCACCCAGGAACCCAGUGACAGCAUUUUCCCCAUGAGCACCGGUGACAAGCAGGUGUUCAUAAAUUGCAAAGCGAAGGGGAAUCCAUCGCCACAUUACAGGUGGAAAGUGGAUGGGAAGGACAUCAACACGGACUCAGACGUGAACUACAGCCUGGUAGAGGGAAACCUGUUGAUCAGCAACCCUCACGUCAUCAAUCAUGGAGGAGUGUAUCAGUGCAUCGCGACCAACACGUUCGGCACGGUGGUGAGCAGAGAGGCCAAAGUCCAGUUUGCAUUUCUGCAGAACUUCAGCAAAAAGCCGAGGAACACGGUGUCGGUGAGAGAGGGUCAAGCCGUGGUUCUGCUCUGCGGCCCUCCGCCCCAUUACGGAGAGAUCAAGUAUUCCUGGGUUUUCAACGGACAGCGCAGCUUCCUGCAGCAGGAUGCCCGUCGUUUCAUCUCGCAGAAGACAGGCAAUUUGUACUUCGCCAAAGUGGAGGCCUCGGACGCGGGGAACUACACCUGCGCGGUGAGAAACAUGAUGACCAACGCCACCGUGCUCAGCUCUCCAACCCCCGUGGUGGUGCGCCGGGACGUGGUGAUGGGCGAGUACGAACCAAAGAUCGAGGUUCAGUUUCCCGACACCAUCCACGUCUCCAAAGGCUCAUCGGUGAAACUGGAAUGCUUUGCCUUGGGAAACCCCGUGCCUUCCAUUUCAUGGAGAAGAGCCGAUGGAAAUCCACUCCCUGGCAAGAUUAAAAUCAACCACUCCAGUGGGGUUCUGGAAAUUCCAUAUUUUCGCCCAGAGGACGCCGGCGUGUACGAGUGCGUGGCUGAAAACAGCAGAGGACGAAAUGCUGCCAGAGGGCAACUUGUGUUCCACAAUGUCGAACAUCUGCACUGGGUGCAGACUCUAAAAGACGCCCAUAUGGCGAUUGAUGCUAACCUGCAGUGGGAAUGUAAGGCCGCUGGAAAGCCGAGACCUUCGUACAGAUGGCUGAAGAAUGGUCAGCCACUAACAACAGAGGGGAGGAUCCACGUGGAAGCCGGUAGACUGACUAUAUCCAGGAUUAGUCUGCUGGACUCGGGCAUGUAUCAGUGCGUGGCAGAAAAUGAACAGGGAUCUAUCUACGCCAGCGCCGAGCUCAAGGUUGUGGCCUCGCCGCCCGACUUCACGCGCCGGCCCGUGAAGAAGUCCACAGUGAUCCAGCGUGGCGGCGAGGUGGUGUUGGAGUGUCGCCCCCACGCCUCCCCCAGGGCCACAGUCUCCUGGUGGAGAGGUGCUGAACUCCUGAAGGACAGCGUGAGACGGACCAUCAUGAGCGACGGGACGCUCCGGAUCACCAACAUCUCCAAAUCGGACGCCGGCAGGUACACCUGCGUGGCCAGGAACCAGUUUGGGACGUCGAGCAGCGCCGGAACGCUGGUGGUGAAAGAGCCCACCAGGAUCACCGUGCCGCCCCUGAGCCUGGACGCCACCGUGGGACAGAGCCUGGUGCUGCCGUGCGAGGUGUCCAGCGACUCCACGCUCAGCCCCGUCUUCAAGUGGUACUUCAACGGGAAAGCCAUCGACUUCAGCAGGCAGGAGCACUUCGAGAUGAUCGGAGGGGGAUUUGCGGGCGACCUGAUGGUGAGGAACAUUCAGCUGAAGCAUUCUGGGAAAUACGUGUGUAUGGUGCACACCGAAGUGGACACGGUUUCCGCAGCAGCAGACCUGAUCGUCAGAGGUCCUCCAGGAGCCCCGGAGAGCCUGGUGGUGACUGACAUUACUGACACCACUGUGCAGCUAUCCUGGGGCUCUGGACCCGACAACCACAGUCCUGUUACCAGGUACAUGGUGCAGGCUCGGACCCCCUUCUCUAUCGGCUGGCAGACCGUGAGGACAGUUCCUGAUUCUGUGCCUGGACAGAUGAUGCAUGCCACGGUGACAGAUUUGAACCCCUGGGUGGAUUAUGAAUUCAGGGUGGUGGCAAUCAACAGUGUUGGCGUUGGCGAGCCCAGCACGCCGUCCAAACAGAUUCGAACCCAAGCCGCAGCUCCCAAGGUCGCACCCGUCACCGUGAGCGGCGGCGGAGGAGCUCGAGGAGAACUUGUUAUUGUGUGGGAGCCGGUUCCAGAGGAACAGCAGAGCGGAGAGGACUUCGGCUACGUCGUGGCGUUCCGCCCGCUCGGCAGCAGCACCUGGAUCCAGACGGUUCUGGCUUCGGCAGACGCGUCCAGAUACGUCUACCGCAACGACAGCGUGGCGCCGCUGUCUCAGUUCGAGGUGACGGUGGGAGUGUACAACAGCGUGGGAGAGGGGCCGUUCAGCCGGGUGGUCCGAGUGUUUUCUGCAGAGGAAGAGCCGUCUGAAGCUCCGUCCCGGGUGUGGGCCCGCGCCGUGUCUGCCUCCGAGGUGGAGGUGUUCUUCGAGCCGAUGGCCUCCAAGUCCAGCCGGGAGAAGAUCAUCGCGUACGAGGUUCUGUUCUGGGAGGAAGGAUCUCAGCAGAGCGAGGCGGACAGGGUGCGAGUCGUGAACAGCACGGCUCUGCUCUCCGGCCUGAAGGCCAGCAGGGUGUAUCUGAUCUCGGUCAGAGCCCAGAACAGCGCCGGACUCGGACCCUGCAGCCCGCCGUUCAACAUCACCACCAAGAAACCACCGCCGAGCCAGCCGCCGGGGGGCAUCCAGUGGAACCUCACCAACUCCAAGAUCUUUCUAAAUUGGGAGCACGUCAAGGCGAUGGAGAAUGAGUCUGAGGUGACAGGAUACAAGGUUGUUUAUCGCCAGAACUGGCAGGGCAGGACCGCUGUGCUGGAAACCAAUAAGACCAGCAUCGAGCUGCAGAUCCCGUCGGGUGAGGACUACCUCAUCGAGAUCAAAGCCCUGACCGAGGGCGGCGACGGCACCGGCAGCGGCCCCAUCCGCAUACCAAAGAUGUCCAGUCUUAACUCAAAAGGAUCCCUGUGCCCAGCUCUGGUUUCCAUUCACAGCUUUCUGGUGGUUUUUAUAUUUUCUACAUUUAUUUUGUAGCUUCUUUCGAUGCCUUUAAAAACAGCUCCGGACGUUAGAAUGGAUCUACUUCACGGUCUUUCUUCACAUGUCAGUUUUU